AUGACAUGGAUUAUUCUGAAAUGGGAUAAAUUGUUGGAAAACAUAGGUUUCUGUACACUGAACUUGAAUCCACAUGAUAUCACAUGGUUUAAAAUAAAGACAAACAGCUUUACCAUUAAUCCAUUCUGGUGGAAACAAGGAUUUCUACCUAGCUCUGCCACUUCUGGUCCAAAUGACACAGUUUCUUUUGCAGAAUGCACUCUAUAUAUGCAGAAUCAUUCUAAAAUGAGGAUAAAUUUUGAAAUGACAUGUGUACUGUCUUACUCGAAAAACAUCCUGCCCUGCCGCCGCCUCGCGAUAAUGAGCUCGGGCAAGUACCUCCAACUCAAGCAGUAUUUGAAGGCCCUUCCAGACAAACUCCCCAUCUCACCUCCAGAGUCGAGACUCAACCGCUUGCUGAACUUCACGCUUGAUCAAGAUUGGGUAAUUGAUGCAGGAGAAGAAGCAGCCAUUAAUCGAGAACCGGAGGCUGCCUUGCAUGACUUUCUCCCCAGAAAUGAUAAUGGUAUCUUUUACAUCAAGGAACGAGGGCCAGGCAUCGAAGCGCUGGCGGACGUACUCGAGUAUUGGCUGCCAAAACAUCCUGGAUCAGUGAUCUUGGAGUUAUGGUUAAAAAGUGCGAUCGAGUCUGCAAAGAAGUGCAUAUUGACUCACGGCAGGGAGCUUCCAGAGUUUGAUCCCGAGCCUCAGAACAUUCAACAUGCUCCGAAAGGAAAGGCUACUGUGAAAUCAGCUUCCAAGCAGUCGACAUUGAAUGUGACUCACCAAACAACCCUGUUCAACUUAACGGCCCCCAGCUCGCAACCCAAAUCAAGUGCGACGUCGACAAAGAAGCUCGACACGAAAGCCCUCGCAGAUACGAUCAACCCCAAUUAUGUAGAUGGUGCCGAGCCAGACGAUCGUCGGGAGGGUGGACGCAAAACGUUGCCGUUGUUGCAGAAGAUCUCACGACCAUGCUAUCCAGUGGCAGACGAGAGCAAGAAGUUGGCGCGUUGUCUCGCGAGCAAGGGUUGUCACACCACCUGGGGGUGGCCUCGUGAUAGGACUCGUAUCUUGAAGCAUGCAGCGGCUUGCGGUUAUCUGGCGAAAAUGGAAGGGGGAGACUUGGUUCGGCAAGCAAUUCACGAGCUCGCCAGGAAAGAACCUGGCCUGGUGAAUAAGUUAAUGAAGAACAUGGGCGUCGCGCCAGAAGUUAAACGUCCCCACGACGAUCUCAUGGGAAUUACUGGAGAUGCACCACCCCUGAAACGCUCACGGACUGAGCCAAUAAUAGGAACACCUCGUGUCGAUAACUUAGCAGCCUCGGAUACCACAAUCCGCGCUGGCCAACCAAUGAAGGCCUUUCGGCUUGAAGGGAAAAAAGUACUUGAGGAGAGGGCAAACACUGCGCUAGUCAACUUCAUAGUUUGUUGUGGGAUCCCUCCUCGUGUUCUCGGAUCCGAUGAAUUCAAGACUUUUGUAAACGCACUCAAUGGGAAUUACAGCCCUCCAAGCCGAACGACUUUUGAAGAUAGUUUAGUGCCGACACAUGCCGCCGCCAUUAAACUUGUAAUGAUCAACUACUUCAAGACCUGUCGCGAUUUGAUGCUUACCUUCGAUGGGGGAAAACUUGGGAAGAAAAAAUUCUUUUCCAUUCUUGCAACAACUGUUCAUCGACAAUCAUUCUGCUUGGAACUUGACGACAUAUCAAGAUUGAAUGAAUUCAAAGAGAUUAUCAGCCAGUUGCGAGAGCUACUAGCUUUCAUGAGUCUGUCCUCGUUUACUCAGGAUCAUUUUGAUCUCGCUCGUGAGGAGCUUCAUAUUCCACGAGGCCUUCAAUCAGUUGGUGAAACACGCUUUGGAACAAUUUAUUGGUCUUUAAACUCAGUCAUCGAUGGUAUCCCGGCAUUCAAGAAAAUUGUUCGGGACCAAAGCAUCGGAAUUGAGAGCCAGAUGCUUCAUGACAUCUUUGAUGACGAUGAAGAUGUUUUCAUCUUCCUUCGAGACUUAAAGCGGUUAGGUGCAAUACUCAUGCCAUUCGCUCGCGCAAUUCAGUGCCUUGAGGCAAAGGAUACAAACCCAUCAGAUGUUUAUACAUACUGGCUUGCGAUUGUCGCCCAUCUUCACGAUAUCAUGGUAAAAGAUGAUGCACUGAAGGAGAAAGCAAAAUAUUCCCGAGCUCUGAAGGAAAAGAUACACGCGAUAGCAAACUUCCGGUUCUCGCAACUUAUAGAAGAUGACCGAGCUUCAAAUAUUUACCUCACCGCCUUUGUUCUCGACCCAGAAAACCGUGCGGCUCCAAUCCUUGAGAAUCCAAACCCACUCGCAAUACCCUCCAUAACCAUCACCCGGGAGAAAGGAAAGAAGCCAGCUAUCAAGACGAAGGCUGAAGCACUCCAUGGUAUUGGGUUGAGCCUUCUGAAGCUGUUACAAAGGGAGUACGGUGAUGAAUACCGCACAGGUCGCUCAGCAGAGGAGGCACGAAAGGCCAUGGAGAUCAACCCCCGGAUUGCCCAUCUGAAUCCCCAUGACGCCAUUAGCGCUUUGAAGAAACAGUUCAAGGCAUAUUUGGUGGGCAUCGAGCCAUUUACGCGCAGGCGAGGACGGAAGGAGUCACUACGAGAGUAUUGGUGCUGCUAUCUUAUGCAGGAGGACUCCGACAUACUUGCGGCCCUCGCUGUAAAGAUCUUCUCUGCAAUGCCGGUGUCAAUGGUCGAUGAGCGAGCAAUGAUGGAUACAAGUACUUAA